CUCCCGCUUGGCCUUUAUAAAGCGUAGCUCGGCUGACGGAGAGACAGUUUUCUGGCCUUUCAUCAGAAAAGAUUUAACAGAAGCUGGAGCCAUGCUGCCUCUGGUUGCGUUGACGUUGAGCCUCAGCGUGGUCGUCCUGUCGGCCCCCAGCAUGGACAUACAGCUGGACGAGCACUGGAACAUGUGGAAGAGCUGGCACAAUAAAAAAUACAAUGAGAGAGAGGAGGGCUGGAGGCGGCUGGUGUGGGAGAAGAACCUGAAGAAGAUCGAGAUGCACAACCUGGAGCACUCCAUUGGGAAACACUCCUACCGUCUGGGCAUGAACCACUUCGGAGACAUGACUAACGAGGAGUUCAGGCAGAUCAUGAACGGCUACAAACACAAAGCGGACAGGAAGGUGAAGGGGUCGCUGUUCCUGGCGCCCAGCUUCCUGAUGGCGCCGCGUUCGCUGGACUGGAGGGAGCAGGGCUACGUCACCCCCAUCAAGGACCAGGGUCAGUGUGGCUCCUGCUGGGCCUUCAGCACCACCGGCGCCCUGGAGGGCCAGCAGUACAAGAAGACGGGUCGGCUGGUGUCGCUGAGCGAGCAGAACCUGGUGGACUGCUCCAAACCCGAGGGCAACGAAGGCUGCAACGGCGGCCUGAUGGACCAGGCCUUCCAGUACGUCAAGGACAACCAGGGCCUGGACUCGGAGGACUCGUACCCGUACCAGGGAGUGGACGGCGACUGCCACUACGACCCCACGUUCAGCGCCGCCAACGACACCGGCUUCGUGGACAUCCCCAGCGGCAACGAGCACGCGCUGAUGAAGGCCGUGGCCGCCGUCGGACCCGUCUCCGUAGCCAUAGACGCCGGUCACGAGUCCUUCCAGUUCUACCACUCGGGGAUCUACUUUGAGAAGGAGUGCAGCAGCGAGGAGCUGGACCACGGCGUCCUGGUGGUGGGAUACGGCUUCCAGGGAGAAGACGUGGAUGGCAAGAAGUACUGGAUCGUCAAGAACAGCUGGGGUCUCACCUGGGGCGACAAAGGCUACAUCUACAUGGCCAAAGACAGGAAGAACCACUGCGGCAUCGCCACGGCAGCCAGCUACCCCCUGGUGUGACGCUGCAGCAUCGAGUUUUUCUUUUUAUUGCAAUGAUUUGGCUGAAGACGAGCGACGACGCUUCGGUCGGACUGAAGCAUCAGCAGGAGAUUCUGCUGCGUGUCAGGAGGAAACUCGGUCUUUUAGGGAAAAAGCCGUUUCAUGGCCUGGUUCUACGCCACUUUAUUUUUAUUUUCUCUUAAGAAUUGUAGUUUUAUUCUCUGUAAAUAUGUGUACGCUGCUCUGGAAGUGAUUCGUUAAUUGGUGCCGUGGUCAUUGUAAAUCGAUCUCAUUUUGUUCUACUUUUACCAUGAUCAAUUAAAGAUGUGAAACACUAAAA